AAGAUCUGGUGAUGGGCCCCUUCCUGGAGGCGCUGUCGUACCUGCACUCCCGCGGCAUCUGCCACCGGGAUAUCAAGCCCGAGAACAUCCUGUUCACUUCGGACUGGAGGCUGAAGCUGGCGGAUUUCGGAGUCAGCAUCGACCUGCAUCAGGAACGCGCAGUCACCCGUGCCGGCACACUGGAUUACAUGGCACCCGAGGUAGAGCGCUGCCCGCUUAAGGCCCAACCGCAGGACAACAAGGACGACCCGAGCCUGUCGUACACAACUGCCGCGGACGUGUGGGCGGUGGGUGUGCUGGCAUACGAGCUGCUGGUGGGCUUCCCGCCCUUCGUGGCGGACCCAGCGGCAACCGCCACUGCGGCAGCCGCAGCAGCGGCGCACCACCACCACCACCCCCAGGCCGGCACUGCAGCAGCAGCCGCCUCCUUCCUAGCCGCCAACGCGACGUGCAAGAGCCUGAGCUUCCCCGCCUCCACCUCGUCCGCCGCGCGAGACUUCAUCCGCCGGGCGCUGGCGGAGAGGCCCGAGGACCGACCCACGGCGCAGCAGCUGCUGCAACACCCGUGGCUGAGGCGGGCAGCGGGGCAGCGUCGCCAGCAUCAGCCGCUGGCCCGAGCCCCCAACAGUGACACCAUCACCUCCCGCCAUGCAUGAACUCUGCUACUAGGGAUUGAUUGUCGUACAACUGGUACGGCGGGAACCUGCUUGUCGUACAACUGGUACGGCGGGAACCUGCUUGUCGUACUGGUACGGCGGAAACAAUAACAACGACAAUGAUAUCUAUCAAGAACAGCAAAGCUAUAUGAUGGCAGUGUAGCACCGGCAACUAGAACAACGACGAGUGAAGACAGCAAGGAGGCUUCCAGUAAGGUUAGCAAGUGGCAAGACAACAGUAAUGGCAAGUAAGAACGACAACGAUGGCUGGAGGGGACAACACUAAUAACAACUCCUGAAGCCCAUGGCAAUUCAGAACUAUCCAUGAUUACCGCGGAACGCAUGCCGGGUCGGGUUUGUGCCCUUUGGUGUUGAUAAAGAGACAAAGUAGCGUGAUGUUGCUGCUGCAAGCAGCCCUUCAAUAACCUUGUGAUGAAAUGAAGUUAAAGUAAGUUAAGCAUAAUUGUCCCAAAUUGCGGAUAGAUGGCUGGCAGCUGUGUAGGUUGGUUGGCUGUUGGCGGCGAAGUCGUAUUGCUGAUGUGGAAUGGGGACGGCCAGAGCAGUCCACCUGUAUAUUUAUGAGCCUUGAGUUCUUCAGUCAAUUUAUGGCGCUGGGUCCAUGACGGUCGUUUGUCCUUCGGCGGGGGCAGGCUGCCUUUCUACGCCUUUUCACGGUGAUCCUGUGUGCUUGCCUGGCCAUGCUCUAAGAUGUUAUUUGAAGAUUCCUAACCGGCAGUUGUCUGUAGGCUCUAUUCCUGAACUGUUUCCGAGAAAAUUGGAUGUCGAUUUCAACUGUCAGAUAAUGCGCGUGUUGGGCAGGUGCGCCCUUACCUGCGUUCGUCGCAGGCCAUGCCAUAAACUGUUUUGUGUGAGAAGCGCAGUGCAUUACUUGUGUCUGCUGGCAAUUACUGCUCGCCUUGUGUUCUCUCUGUUGACAGGCGUGGUACCCUGGUGCUCUUGUUGUGCUUUGGCAGGUAUAUCCAGUCCUUUUCUUGCUCACAUGCAACUUUCCAUGACGUUUGACGCAGUUUUGAUCUGACUUGCAAUGUGUACGGCAGACCUCCUUUUGUCCUGCCGAUAUCUCAACAAUGCCGUCAGCCGACGACCUUCAACACGUCCGAGGUUCGGUCGUGGAGCAGAUUAUUACGCAAUUGCGUAAUCGACACCACCACCCUUACGACGAUGGCGUGUGCGAUACUGCUGUCAGUUAUUUGCUGAGUUUGGCUGUUUGAGUGGUCAUGGGUCCUGUGAUUAUCCGGGUCAUGUGGAUUUAAGGCGGGGUCUGCUGCUUUUGGGGGCAUGAAAAGGCGGUGGAUGUUUUUACAGCAGGAAGGCUGCUACAGCUCAUUAGCGUUUCCUUGCUGUAGCCCGUACGGCAGGAGGCCCGUAUAGCGGCACGGCAGAUGUGCCGUACGAACAGGUGCACUCUGGGUGUGCGCCUAACACGUAAAAGGUUGCCAAGGAGCACCUAACUGUUCAGGAUUCGUUGCACAAUCGUGAAACACACUAUGCUCAUUUGGGACCAUAUACAGGAUGGAUUAUAAGGAGUGACUUUGUGCGUGGUAGCAGGCACAACAUCAACAUGAUACUUGGUCUCCGCUUCUCUUGCAGUGUUGUGUUGUGUCUUGGGAAUUACUGAAAGUCUGUAACAGUUAGCC